UUCAACCCCUGUCAAGGCUUAUUUAAUGGGGGGGUCUCUGGCCCAGAGUCAGAGGCGCCUCCAGACCAGCAGGAGGAGUAUGGCAGAGGCUCUGAGUCUGGGCUUUGGGGAAACAGCCAGCAUGGAAAUGCUGCCCGAGGAUGGAGGCUGCAGGCCCAAGGCCAAGAGCAGAGGACGCUGGGCUCUCACCUGCUACCUGGUGUCUCUUCCUUUCGUGGCAGGGCUCAUCACCUACCUGCUCAUCAGCCAGCUCUGGGCCCAUGAAGAGGCCUGUGUACAGUUCCAGGCUCUAAAAGAACAGGAGUUUGGACUUUCACACCAGCGAGCUUACACAUCUUUCAGAGAUGAUGGAGAUAAGCCAAGGGCACACCUCACAGUUAUGAAACAAACUCCCACAAACCCCUUAAACAAUCAGUUUCCAGCUCUGCACUGGGAGCAUGAACUUGGCCUGGCCUUCACCAAGAACAGGAUGAACUACACCAAUAAAUUCCUCGUGAUCCCAGAAGCAGGAGAGUACUUCGUCUACUCCCAGAUCACAUUCCGAGGGCUUGCCUCCGAGUGUGGUGAGAUCAGCCAACAUAGCCAAAUAAAGAAGCCAGACUCCAUCACUGUGCUCAUCACCAAAGUAACAGAUAGGUACCCAGAGCCCACCCAGCUCCUGAUGGGGACAAAGUCGGUGUGUGAAGUAGGCAGCAACUGGUUCCAGCCCAUCUACCUAGCGGCCAUGUUCUCCUUGCAAGAAGGGGACAAGCUGGUGGUGAACGUCAGUGACAUCUCUUUGGUAGAUUACACAAAAGAAGAUAAAACCUUCUUUGGAGCCUUCUUGCUAUAGGGGCAAAGCAGAAUCAUUAUGUGAUGGUCCUCCGUCAUCUCAUUCCUAAGUUUCUCCAGUCAUAUGUAAUCAUAACCAGGGAUUUAGGGGUUGGGGGUCAAGGGAAGGGUGCAUUCCUCAGAGACAGUGGUUUAGCUUGGAAAUUUAAGGCCCCAAAGUUUACAUUUCACAUGUCUUACCAAUGAGAAUACUACUUGGAAAAACCACCAACUCAAUGAAUGAAUGAUCUACUUGCGUUGAGAUUUAAAGAAGGAUAUCUCCACACCCUCCUGCUAUAUACAUUUGUCACCAGUAGCUCAAUUAUUGUUUAAUUUGAUCAUAAAUUUGCUUCAGAUCAGGAGUUUUGAAGAAAUGGCAAAGAAAGUUCUAGAAAACAGCGUAAAGCCUUUGGAAGCAAAAUCCUUCUUCAGUUUCUCCACAUACCUUCAUGCCUUGCCUAAAAAAUAAUGACAAGAGAGUUGGUCUCAUAAAUGUUCUCAAAAAAGGAAUUGAUUUGCAUACCAACUAUAGCAUAUGAAAAAAGCAACUUUUCCAUUGAUUAUGUGCACAGAUAUCAAAAUAACCAAGUAUGAGUUUUAUAUACAUAUCAAAAUUACAGCAAUAGCAUUUAUCAGUAGUUUUCUUGAGUACCUAUUAUGUUCUGGGCACUACCUUAAUCCAGACAACACUAUGAAUAACAAGACAGACUCGACUCAAAAUGCAUAUGAAUGCCACUCAACACUUCCUGGCCAAAUAUCAGUCAUCAUACUCUAAAGAAUAACUCUUAAGUCCUAAAAGAAAAAAAAAAUAAUCAUCUGAAACUGUUACAUAAGAUUUCUGGCUCUUUCCUGACUGUGCAAGCUAUCCAACUGAUUAGGUUGCUCAAGAAAUCUGAAGGCCAAUUUCUAGCUAACUAGACCAACAGUAUAAUAUCCUUGCUUCAUGCCAGGAGACACUGGACUUAACUCCCUGAAGGUCAGAGGAAAGAAGUCAAUCACCAAAUCUGGAGAAGUAAACCUAGAUCUGCUCUCACUUCUGAUUUACAACUUUAUAUACAGAGUGUUAUGUGAGUAUUUUUCCCAUAAAAUAUUCAAGGGAUUUAAAUAUGGGAUUAGCUACUCAGCCUCGCCACGGCUACUUCUCUGAAGAAGAGGCUGGAUGUUUUGAAGGUCUCUUCUGCUUUUCAAUUGGUUCCUAUCGUCUGGUCUGUAUGAUUUUCGUGCACUGAUAUGUCAAGUGUGGGAGGGGUAGGUCUGCUCUCUUAGCCUUUGUUGACUUGUGUGUAAAGCAAGAAUUCACCAGUUUGUUUCCUAGGAUCAAAUGAGUUCUUGGGAAUGAAAUGUGUGAAUUUCAUGCAUUCUGUAUAGUCUGAGUACUUUGGUAUGGCAUGGUCAGAGACUUCUAGCAUGUUGGCCUCUAUUACAAAUGCUCCCUACCCUGGGAGAACUUGGUGCCAAAAUAACUCUUGCUUUUUUUCAUAAAAGUUGCUCUUUUAAUAUGCUCUGGUUGCCAGGAAGCAGCAGAGGCAGAAAGAUCCAUGAGCACAUCCUGAGCACAACGACCAGUGCAGUAGUAUUACUCCAUAAGUAUUUGUUGGGUUAUAAUUAAAUAAAAACUAAUUUCCAGUUUCUCAGUUAGAAGGUUAAGUAAUCUUCUCCUAGGCUAACUCACACCUGUUUCUCACCCUAAGCUCCUCCAGGUAGUCAGUAUGGGACUCAGUGGGAACACAAGGAAGGGUGUGGUCCCAUCCACCUGGUUCAUGAGCGUCUUCAUAGAGGAAGUGAAGCCUGAAAGAAGGUGGGUAGGCCCCAGAUGGCCAUGGGGAAAGGGCAUUUCAGAUGGAGGAAUUACCCUUGGCUUAAAGUAGAAAAGAAAGGUUUCUGAGUAACUCUAAAACUAGCUUGACAAGAAGAAUGUUCCUUCAACCAACUCCUAGGACAACAUUUAUUAUUAACUCAAAAAUCUUUCCUCAAUGAUUGUAGUGGGUUCUAGCAUCAGAACUAAAUUCCACUAAGAAAAUAAAAUGCUCUAUCUGCAUCUGUCCCUAGUGUAGGAGAGCACCAAGCCACCUGGACGUGAGGGAGAAGAUUGGUACAGAAGAGCCCAGAGUGGCCUCUUCAAACUUGCCCAGUGCACCAUAGGGGACCUGCUGGAUUUAGAAUUUUAUCCAAGACAGGAAUAUUCUAACAUCCUAAUACAUUUGAAACUUUGGAAAAAAUCCCUGCCCUAUAUAUUUUUUGUUCCUGUCACAAGCUUGUUUAUCAAAGAAUGUAUUGUAGCCCAAGUUUACACUGCUGAUUUUGUUAAAUUCUGUGCAACAUAGUAUGUCUUUUAUUACGCAGAAGGGCACAGCCAAGAAUUCUUCAUAGGACUCAAGUGAAAACUUCUGUUUCUCCAAGGCAUUACUGCCAUAGCAAAAAUGAGUAUACUAUUUUUAAAAAUGAGAUGAAAGAAUGCUUUAGAAGGACAUGUUACGAUCUCCUAAAGGGGGCUAAUGAGGGAAACAUUCAAGGGCGUAGAAGGUAGAAAGGCACUUGCUCUAGAAAAUAGUUAAUUUAGGAGUGAAAUGCUUUACUGGUUAAAUGUCUUUCAAAAGGCUGAAUUCAAAUCAAUUCCACAAACAUUUACCGAGUACCUACUUGCCCUGGAGACACGGAGAUAAAUUAAUUUAGGCUCAGACGAGCUCAUUUUAACUCCUCAGCCCUCCAUUGUGUAUAGAUCUUUAAUUUAACUUUGUUGUAUUAGCUAAUUGAUUAGCUAACUUUAGGGACAUUUUAGGAUAUUUUCUCAUAGGAAAAUGGUUGCCAUUUGAUGAAGGAUGAUUGCUAACAAAAUGAAUUGUGUUUACACUAAGAGGCUUUUUAAAACAACUAUUCAAGGACAGUCUUUCCAUAAAUAAAAGAAGAAAAAGACAAAGACACCAUUCUCUAUGGUGGAAUCCAUUAUUUAAGCCACAUGCAGAGAGAGGUUUUUAUUUUCUGGACUCAGUUGAUCAUCGGCACCCUUAAAAAUAUUAGAAUUUUAUGAAUGACCCAGACCUGCUUUGAAAAGUCUGUGUUUCUCAGCAAAUACAGAAACCAGGAUCAAAAUGCUAUUGCCACUAACAUUUUGACCCCAGCAUGGUUUAGAUCGAUUUGGCAGAGGAUUACUUAAAUGACUAAAAUUUCUAGAAGG